AUGGCACGCCUCUCCGGAAAGAACGCAAUCGUCACCGGCGCUGCUGGUGGCAUCGGCCUCGAGACCUCCAUCCUCUUUGCCAAGGAGGGCGCCAAUGUCCUCAUGGCUGACAUCUCCGCCCCGGCCCUCGAGAAGGCCAAGGCCAAGGUGCUGCAGCUCGUGCCCUCGGCCAGCGUCGACACCGCCCUCUGCGAUGUCUCCAAGGAGGCCCAGGUCCAGGCCCUGGUCGAGAAGCUCGACUCCGCCGGCGGCCUGGACGUCAUGUUCAACAACGCGGGCAUCAUGCACGGCAGGGACGCCGACGCCGUCGAGACCCCGGAGGAGAUCUGGGACUUGACCCAAAACAUCAACGUCAAGGGCGUGUGGUUCGGCUGCAAGCACGCCGUGCUGUCCCUACGCCGCCACAACAAGACAAAGGGCUCCAUCAUCAACACCGCCUCCGUCGUCGCCCUGGUCGGCGCUGCCACGCCGCAGCUCGCUUACACCGCCUCCAAGGGGGCGGUCCUCGCCCUGACCAGGGAGCUCGCCAUGGUCCACGCCCGCGAUGGCUACCGCUUCAACAGCUUGUGCCCGGCGCCCCUCAACACCCCACUGCUUCAGGACUGGCUAGGCGACGACAAGGAGAAGAGGCUGAGGCGCGAGGUACACUUCCCCACCGGUCGAUUCGGUGAGGCUAUUGAGCAGGCCCAGGCCGUCUUAUUCCUGGCAAGCGAUGAGAGCAGCUUCGUCAAUGGCCAUGACAUGGUGGUUGAUGGUGGUAUGACCAAGGCCUACGUCACACCUGAGGGGCCUGCCAGCGCCGCACCUGUCAACAACGCGCUCAAGGACUCAUUGGAUGCGUGA